AUGUUUUCGGACACUGUUGUGCUCAGCAAAGGUAACUGGCCUGACAUCACAAAUAAUACAACCUUGCCGGUGCAGCAUUCAGCUAUCGAGGCAUCUGAAGUAUACGUUGAUGAGGACGCUACUCUUUGCGUGAUUGAGAAACAGCAACCAGAUAUGUCGCAAAAGAACAGCGAAAAACCGGCUUUUCCCAGAAUUUGGAGCACCUUCUUCUUCAUCUCAUACCACUGCAACCUGCAGCAGAUGAUGCUAGGGACAACUAGAAAAUCUUAA